AUGUCAUCUCUUGUCUGGACUCGACUUCAACCGGCGUCUUCCACUGUGCCCAACAGUCGAAGUGGCCAUAGUUGUGUUAUUUACAAUGAUGCUAUGCAUAUUUUUGGUGGUCUCGGUGAAUAUCGUUCUAAUGAAUUAUUCAAAUUUGACUUUGUCUCACUAACGUGGACCGAAUUAAAACCAACCAAUGAGCUAACAGUUCCAUCUAAACGUUGCAAACAUAGUGCUGUCGUUUAUCAAAAUUUUAUGUAUAUUUUUGGCGGGUGGGAUUCAUCUGGAAAAUUAAACGAUAUGUAUCGAUAUAAUUUUCAAACAAAUGAAUGGGAAACUGUUCAAUGUUCAAAUCCUCCAACAGCCAGAAGUGCUCAUUCCGUUGUAAUUUACAAUAAUUUUAUGUACUUAUUCGGUGGAAUCGGACACAACAAAUACAAUGAUAUGUAUAAAUUCAAUUUUAAAAAUAAUCAAUGGUCUGUUGUAUCUCAAAAAAAUCCGCCUCCAAAACGUAGUUCAUACGGUGGUGCACAUAUAUUUGAAGAUAAAAUGUAUAUUGUUUGUGGAUUAGGAUGUGGAAAGUUUAAUGAUUGUCACUGUUUUGAUUUUAAAACUUUAGAAUGGACAGAAAUUAAACCACCAAGUAAACAAAGAGUUUUGCCAGAUAAACGUGGUCGUCAUACAUGUGUACUCUCCGGAAGCAAUCUAUAUAUGUUUGGAGGAUAUGUUGGAAUUCAAAGAAGUAAUAAAUUAUUUGUAUUUAGCUUAGAAACCUAUGAAUGGUCGCAAAUUGAUUUGAAAAACGUUCCAGCACCCAGAGAAGGUCACAGUGCUGUUCUCUAUAACGGCAAUAUGUUUGUAUUCGGUGGAUGGUAUGAUGAUGGUUGGUUCAAUGACAUGUACACAUUGGGUCCAAUAUAG